ACGGUGGGCCCACAACGGCGAAGUUAACAACCGUAAAAAGCGCAAAUACGACUCAGAGUUGCGGCCAGCGCAGCGGAAGCUUAACAUCCGGAUAAUAUUGUCAGUUGCUGUUCUGCCGCCUCGCCUGCGCCUGCUUCUCCUCCUGCGCCUUCUUCUUCUUCUUCUUCUGCUUCUUCUUCCUCUUCUUAGUCUUCAGUUCGUGGCAAAGCCUGUUGCUCAAGCCUCUCUCCUCCUUCCCGAUCCCGCUGCUCCGCCUCCGCCAUCGCCUUUGCCGUCGCAACCAGCUCCGUCCGCUCUUUUCACGAUUCUCUCUCGGCACCGCCAAAAGGCACGUAAACUGGUUGUUGCUGGCUGGGCCGUACACUUCGUGGUGCCCGUAUUUUCGUAUUUUCAGUGCUGCCUGAACGCUUGAGCUGCGCGAGUCGCUUGCCGGGAAACUUGGUAUCGGAACUGGAUCUGGCUUACUAGUUUUCUGGCUAUCGGAAAUUGGCCACUCGGAUCUGGACAUGGAGAUGGCCUACAAUGCGUCAUCGUCGGCGGCCUCCGUUGGCUCUGCCUCUGCCGCCGCCUCUGCCUCCGCCUCCUUUGCCUUCACCAACACAGCCAAACUACCCAUUGAAACGGUGAAGCGCCUUAUUGCCGCAGUUUCACGACGUCCGAUGCUGUGGCUGCGCAACAAUGCCAAUGGCCAGAAGCGCAGCGACAUCACGCCUGUUUGGUUCGAGGUGGGUCAGGAUGUGAAUCUGCCAGCCGACAUCUGCCGCAUUAAGUGGGGCCACCUGAGGGACAACUUUCGCAAGGUGUACAUCCGCAAUAACCUGUCUAAUGAGACGCCCUCGUCGUGGCGCUUCUACAACGACAUGCGGUUCAUGGAACCCGCCGUUCACGAGAAUAUCAUGCGUCAGACGCGGAGCAGCAGCAAGAAGCAUCCACCCGGACACUGGACGGAGAACAAUAAUGUGCUCGGGCCGGACAAGUAUGACUCAAUGCCCAUUGUGGCCACGGAGCCCAUCUGCGAGCUUAGCCACAGCUAUGACUCGGAGCUACAUCAGCCCAGCUUUUCGGACAUUAGUUCGUUCUUCGAGGAUCGCGAAUGCCAGCCGCCGGAGAAUAAGAGGUUUAAAUCGGAGCCCUGUCAGAGGGAGGAGGACGAGGAGGAUGACGAUGACUUCGAUGAGGAUGCCGCCUCGGAGAACUUGGAAGAGGAACGCGGCAAUCGUGCCGAUGCUGCUAGUUCUGGUGUAUUCACCAUAGAAGUGCUAGAUGACGAUGACGAAAUGGAGCAGGCGGUGACCAAAGCCAAGGCUAACAACACCAGUCACGGAUCCAGCCUCAAGAGCGAGCAGGAGGCCAAGGUGUUCUCCACCUCGCAGUCACCCUCCGCCGAUCUGCCUUUCAAGUAUAUAAGCACGGAUGCGGCCACGAAUACGGAUCCCUCGGGGGGAGAUCUCCAGGACGAGGCGGAUCGCAUGUUCCUGCUCAGUCUGAUGCCCUUCCUUCAAAGAUUGGACAGCCGUCGGCGGCUGCGCGUGCGCCAGAAAUUGCAGAACGUGCUCAUCGAGGAGCUGGAGUUUGGCUGACUUCGCGAAUGCCCGGGGGGAUGUGGGGAUAAGUACUUUAUAAGCCUAGCUUACAGUAUUAUAAGAACUCGACUGACCAACUCUGUGAAUCUGCCAACAUUCGUAGCAUGUAAUCAGUAUUCCGGCCUGCUUUCCUUCGUACCAACACACUUCAAUACAUACCAUAUUGCAUUACAAUACAUAUCUACACUUAAAAUAA